CGACUCAGCGAGUUCACUAACUUUCCUAAAAUAGGCAAAACUGUUUCAAAUUGUGCAAGCUCUUUAAAUUCAGCGGCUUUUCAUGCUUUUGUCUGCCGCAAUUGGAUUAUCCAGAGAGAUUUGACUGCCGAAGCCCUCAGAUUUUUUCAGGAAUGCGAGUAAAACACCAAAACAUACCACAAGGGACAUGGGAUAAUGGCAGAAUUAGAAAAUUUGCUCUUGGAGGCCGCGGGAAGAACAAGUUCAUCGGGGAAAAACCGACACUCACAUUCAUCAGCUAGGAGGAGACAUGGAGGUUCAUAUUCUGAUGGAGGAAGUGACUCCAGAGGUGAUGAUUUUGACGAUGGUUGUGGCUAUGCAAGCGGGAAGCCCUCUGGACCUCAAGUUCACUUGAAGAAGAGGCUGGACCCAACAGAAAUAGACGAUGAACAGGGUAGCCAGGAAGAAUGUGGUUAUAACGAUAGUGGUUCGGAUCGUGGGGGGGACAACAAUGAAUUUGAUGUUGGCAGUGAUCUUUUCAAGGAUGAAGAUGAUAGGCGGAAGCUUGCAGAGAUGUCUGAACUUCAAAGAGCUAAUUUUGUCUGAAAGAGCACAGAAGAAAGAUGACAAGAGCUUAAAGGAGAAGUUCCGACCAAAGUGGGAUAAAGGGAAGACCCUACAGUCCCGGAAAGAGACUCCACCUCUUCCAUCCUCUCGGGUGCGUUCAUCAGCUAGAUCUGCUGACAGGGCAGCUGCCAAGGAUGAUGCAUUGAAUGAGUUACGAGCAAAACGUUUGAAGCAGCAGGACCCCUGAGGCUCACCACAAGUUGAAAGAUGCUUCUAGAGGAGGAAGUUCAAGCAGUCGAAGUUUCUAAAGCAUAAUUUUGAGCUGCCAAUAUCAUUGGUUGCUCUUCAGAAGUUUGGCAGGCCAUAGGGUGCUCAGAAAGGGUUCCUGGAGAAGACGGGAUGAGGCAUGCGCUGACGCUUACAGUUGGCGACUACAUGAGAAAAUUAGGGCUUCUCUAAACAUAUUAUAACCUUAAAUGCGUUAAAAAGUUGAAUUAAAUCACCACAGAAACAAGAAAGUUCAAACAAAGAGAACAUAUUACAAACAGAUCAAGGCACGCAAAAAAAUACAGACUCUAUCUACAAACUAGCUGAUAAAACCAGAAAGUUUACUAGCUUACACAGUCGU